AUGUCUGCUGUGAAGAAUGUGGGUCCGGCCGGCGACCACGGGGCUGAGCUUCUGCUGUGCGACAAGUGUGACCGGGGGGGUUUCCCCUGUUUUGCCUCAGACCCAUCCUUGUGUCCGUGCCCAAGGGUUCAUGGCUCUGUCCUUCCUGCUCCGAUCAAAAGAAACUCACUA